GCUUGGUCUGAAACAUCGAGCAUCGCCUAUGAUUCGAUUUAUUGAGCGGUUGACCUAGAGUCGACUCUGCCACGUGUUAUCUUGUUAGCCGUCCAUUAGGGCGAUCUUUUAUGAUUCACCCACCAAACUCAGCCCAGCCCAGACAAGACCAGCCCAUCAAUCUCCUGGAUUUUAGUAAGAGAUUAAACCGCCCAAGGCCCAGUCUAUUAUUGGGCCUACCAGAAUCUAUUACAACCCGCGGAAAAAUUCUUUGUAGCUAUACGGACACGUCUAAUUAGGCGGUAAAAUUCCGUUGCCAUCUGAUGUUUCAGUCGUCUCCGGUGAUCUCUCUCCGGCCAAGCGAUCGUUAAUUUGAUUCAUCGAAUCCGAAACUCAGCACUCGUAUCAGGUCGGACUUUCCGCUUCCAACUUAUAGUUACAUUUAAUCGCUUACUUGGUUGUUGGCUCAAACAUCUUCGUUGCUUGCUGUUCUCACUGAAUACCUAGACGCUAUGUGGCGGAGCAGGUCAAUUCUGAAAUUAUCAUCUCGUCAAUCUGUUGGAAAGACAUGGAGGCAGAUUUCACCACAGGUGCAAUGUUGGCAGAUAUCACCUUGUAUUUCUAAGAGAAGGGAACUUUCAUCUGCACCCGAGCAAAAUCUAAAGCCACAACCUACAAACGUGUCACCUACGUCUGGAAAUUCUUUCCCAAAAUAUGUCUUUGGCGGUGUUGUUAUUGGCGCUUCUGUUUUUGCAGCUUACCAAACUGGCUAUCUAGACCAACUAACUGGUGGUAUAGAGCAGAAUAGUUCUGUAGAAACAACAAAGACAGUUCUUCUGAAAAGUGAUUUGGACAAUGUCCAACCUUUGGUGGUGCUCAAAUUGGACUCAUCCAGUAGAGAAGAAAUUCAAAAAUCAAAUAGUCUUAGAGAAGAAACUGAGAGCUUGAAUCCAAUUGUGGAGUCCACUGAGCAGACGGUUGAGACAGAUACCCACCUUCCUCAUCUUGAAGCUUUGGAUGAAGAGGAAGAUGGUAGUCAGUUCCGAGACAGUCCCAGCAUGGUGCCACAGGAAAACACUGAGGAGAAAGACUUUCCAGUAUCUAGACAAUGCAUCAGUGAAGUGGAGGAUAAGAAUCUAGAAUCUAAAACAUCCACAGAUGUAAAUUUUGACAUGCAAAGCACCAAGUCUAGUACUAGGGAUGGGUCUGUUGAGGAAGUUAAAACUACACCAAUGUCUAGCUCGACAGAUGGAGCACCUGAACAAAUUGAUGUCAGAGUAUCAUCACAAGAAGAUGAAAGUACAGAAGACAGACUGAAGGAGUUGACUGAUAAAGGUGAAUCUGUAGAGAAGUCGAGCUCUCUUCUUGAGGCGUACCAUUUGAAGGACAAGGCUGGCAUGUCUUCUUUGGAUGGAGGCGACAAAGAUGAAACUAACAAGUUUUACAAAGAUACAGAGGCUUUAAUUGCUGAAAUUGAAGAGUAUAAUGAUGGCUACAUAUCCAAGGAUGGAAAAUUGAUUGUUGAUUUCUUACAAGCUAUUCAUGCUGCUGAAAAGAGGCAAGCUGAGCUGGAUUCCCGUGUUUUUGCUGAUGAAAAAAGAGCCCUGAAGGAGAAGUUGGAAAAGGAAUUGAGGGAUGCUCAGGUUAGGGAACUUAUGCAUGCAGAAGAGGCCGCAAUUUUAGACAAGGAGUUAAAACGAGAAAGAACAAAAUCAGCUGCUGCUCAGAAGUCUCUUCAAGAAAAAUUGGAAGAAAAAUAUCAGAAGGAACUUGAACAGAAGGAAAAUGAGGUAGAAUUGAGGUUGAGAUGUCGUGAAGACAUGGCAAAGGCACAGUUAGCUGCGGAAAUUGCGAGUGAGAAGGCUGCCCAGAUAGAAAAGAUAGCCGAAGCAAAUCUUCAUAUAAAUGCCCUGUGCAUGGCAUUCUAUGCAAGGUCUGAAGAAGCUCGUCAGAGUCACUCAGCUCAGAAGAUUGCAUUGGGGGCACUGGCUCUUGAAGAUGCACUUUCAAGAGGUUUACCAAUCCAGGCUGAAAUAGAAGCAUUACGAGUUGAUCUUCAAGGCAUUGAUAAAGAUUCUAACUUAGAGCUGAUCCUUUCAUCCAUUCCGAAAGAAAUAUUGAAUAAUGGCUCAGAUACUUUGUUGCGAAUGACACAAAAGUUUGAUACACUAAAAGCAUCAUUACGGCAAUUGAGCUUGAUCCCACCUGGUGGCGGUGGCAUUUUGGCGCAUUCUUUAGCCCGUGUAGCAUCUUGGAUUAAGGUGAAGGAGGUUGACCAAUCUGGCAGUGGGAUUGAAUCCAUCAUCAACCGAGUGGAGUCCUACUUAGCUGAAGGAAACUUGGCUGAAGCAGCACAUACUCUAGAAGAAGGUGUGAAAGGCACAAAAGCAGAAGAGUUGGCUCAUGAUUGGGUUAGGCAAGCAAGAAAUCGAGCCAUCACGGAGCAAGCGCUUACCCUGCUUCAACUAUAUGCCUCAUCAAUAAGCCUUACAUAAUACCUCCGAGUAAUUUUCCAUCUCUCUGGUAUCCGGGCACCGAUUGUGCUUUCUUGAUACUAUAUAUUUGUUAGCUUCAUGUCAAACCUCUUAGUCGAAGGUUCAAUCUAAUGAGCAUCUGAAAUUCUGUGUCUACCCAGGGAAAUAACAUGAGUUUUCAAGCGACGGAAGUGGUCAAUUCUUGGUUUCCGCCAUUCUUUAUGUAUUGACAUUGAUAAAAUUUUUAUGAAGAACAGAUUUUACUCGAGAGUUUCUACUGCAGCGCGAAGAGAAGCAACAGCAGCAGCCAUUCUUGCUCUUCUGAGAAAGGCCAAGCUCAUUGUGAAUGGAACUACUUGGUUCUUAUUCUCACUGAGAAGCUCUGAAUUUUCAUUAUACUGACUUGGCUUAUUGCUUAGUUUCUAAAUGCUUUGCUUUUGCUUGAUCUGUUUGAUUAUAAGCACGUUUGGUGGUUAGCUCAGAUCUGACUGGGGGAAGACCGAAGGGGACCUUGGUGGUAUUAUUUUCCUCUAGCUACUUGUGAUUAGUUGUUCUCAAAGGAUAUUCAUGUCUGAGAUCGGGCAUUAAAAAUGUUUUAGGAAUCGUCUUAUUUAGAAAUAGAAGAUUCUUGUCGGACAAAAGACAAUA